UCGCCAAUCAUCAUGGGAGAUUCUGAACCCUGAAGAAAAGAAGAGGAAGCUAAAGUUCAGAUGGUUAGAGAAAAGGUUUUCUAAGGCAACUGAAUUGUGUUCUAAAAUUUAAACAUGUCUUUGCCUGGCAAUUUAAUGCAGUGUUUAUGACAGGGUAAGAAAACAUGAUAACUAUUACAUCUAACAUUUGACAACUCAUUAUUAUGUAAAACAUAUACAUUUCUAUGCUCUCAUUUAGUCAGUGAAACAACCCAGUGACUUGUCUAAAGUCACAACGCUACUCCACACCCAUGUGAGAAGACAGAGCAGUGAUAAAGCCAGGAGAGGCAUUAGUGACUCCCUGCCAUGCACCUGUUAGAGAUGGGCUCUGGGCCACUCCUGGGUCUGAAGGCUGCCUCUGUUACCAUCUGUGCGGCCUUUGGCUUACACAUGUGGUGAUCAUUCUGAAUACUCACUGUGUGCUGUGGGACUCAUCACGCUGGGGUGGGGAGGAGCAAGGACAGUCUGGAAGUGACAACCUAAACUGAGUGAGAGUUUGGGGUGAGUAGGAGGGGUCUGAGGUGGAAGGAAGAGAGUACAUUUGAUAAAUGAAAUUCAGAAAAUGGAGUCGGGGGGUGCACAGGGGCCAGAUCAAGCAGGACUGGGUUGAGGAUUCUGGCUUUUCUCCUCAUAGUAAAGGAAAGCCUUUGAAAGGUUUUAGCUUGUGACCCAGAGGGAAGCAGGACUGGAGGUGAGAGGAUCCUUACAGAGAUCAGGAGAAGAGGGGCUUAGACAGAUGGAGGAAAGGGAUGAGCACUCUUUAGAAGGGAGCUGUCUGGGAUGACACGGGGGUGCUGUGUGUGAGAUAAGGAACACUGACUGAGGGCCAGCUUCGGAGGGGGCAGGGAGCAGGGGCUGAGCACGUUGAGUCUGAGGUCUUUAAGGUAUGCCAAGUAGAGAAUGUCGAGAACAAGAAAGCUCGCUGUUCAUGUCCAGAAAUCCAAGGUGAGUGCGGAGAGAGUACUGAGUGUGGGCAGGAGGACACAGGUCGGAGACUCCACGAGCCUUUACUGGUGGCCUCGAAGAGGCUGUACUAGGAAGGAGAUGGAGAAGGAACAGCCAGAAAGGUUCGAGGAAAACUAUGAGAGAGAAGUGUCAGGAAAGCCCCGGAAGAGAGUGUUUCAAACAGGAAGAGCACCAGGAGCGCCAGAGGAUGCUGGGGAGUCAGCUAAGAUGAGGUCUGCAAGAUGCAGGUCACCUGUCACCCCAACUGCUGAGGUGGAGAGAAGAGGAAGGGAGUCGGGGGAAGAGGCUGAAGAGGGAGUGAGAGAUGAGAAAAUGGGGAAAGUGAAGUUUAGAGAAUUAUUCGAAGUUUGGCUGCAAAGAGAGGAAAGAAGGCAGGGGCAACAGGGAGAGGCUUUGACAGAACAAAAGAGAAGCAGUGUGCUGAGACACUGCUGGGUAGGGUCUAGCAGGGAGGGAGUGUUCCGGAUACCGAAGAGUUACAUGCAUGCACACAGGAACACUAGAAUGCAACGCUCUGCCAUGGUGGGGAUGAGCUUUGGGUGGACAGAGGCAAACUUCCCACUGUCACAGGAGAGGAGACAAGAACAGAGCAGAUGCUGGGGAAUUAGUGGCCACAGGAGCUCUCCUGUGACCACUUUUAUUUUCUCUGCAAAUGGAGCAGGUGAUGAGGUGACGUGUGGAGUGACCUUGGGCUAAGUCACAUCACUGUGCUGGGCCAGUUACC